CUCUCUUCAACACGUGCAGCCUGCCGAUGUGCCUGCGCCAUCAAUAUACGGACAAACAUCAACACACAUGCGCAUCAUCAUGCCAUCGUGUGGCUCUCACCUUCAUGGUCUAAGGCGCCUGGCCAUCAAGCACGAUGGCUGCGGUCGGCCCGAGGACGCGACGGGCUUUGGCGGCCGUCCGGGGGAACCGCUGGGCGAAGCGGGCGUCAUGGGGGACACCUACUGCUGGCGCCUCGGUGGUACUGACUGUGACGUGGACUGCAUGUAGACAAGAGCAGAGCAGAUGAUCAGACGACACGACAGCAUGAUGAUGUGCUGUGAAUGUGCUGUCAAUGUGAAUGCGUACCGUCCUGGUUGUUGCCUAGGGGGAUGACAAAGAAAAUCCAUGCGAUGAAUGGGUCGUUGAAUGAAGUCAGCAAAUGCUGCUGCCCACACCACCCACUGGCCACCUCGAAUGCCACCACGUCCGAGCAUCCGUUGAGGGGCGUGUGCGGCGAUUGGGUCAUGAUGCGCUCGAGGUGGCCACCCCGCACACGCCUGACACACACAUCAAUAGCGCACCACACAGCCAAUUUGCCCUCUCAUUGUGUGCCGUCCAUCCACUCACCGGUCCACCACCACUGUCGGCGAGUAGGUGAAGCCGCCCACAACCAACAGCCGGUGACCCAGCAUCAAGUCCUUUAGCAUGGAACUCGCCGAUGCGAAAGCAUGCCCGUCGUUGACACCAACAGUCGCCCAGCCAACACCGUUCUGCCACACAAUGCGGCUGCUGGCGGGCGGGUCGUGUGGCUUGGCGUGGUGGGUGAAGGGGUGCUGCGAGAAGGGAUGGACGGGGCGGCUGAGGAGGGGCAGGGGUGGGUUGAUGGUGAUGGCGAAGUUGGGCUCGUUGCGGAUGGCGCGUAGCUCGUUGUUGUUAUGGCGGAGCAGCUGGAGUGUGCCGUCUUGCUAGCCAGUGGGGCGGCGGAAGGCCACACGGCGGCCGACGAGCAUCCACUACGCACAGAAACGGGGCAGCGCCAAGAAAUCCUGCAGUCAACACACACAUCCAGCAGCUCACCUAUUGCCUCUUCUGUGUGUCGUGUUUACCGCCUUGGUGGCGUGUGUGUGCAGGUCUCCAGCACCCACAGUGACCGGCAGCUGGCAAUUGCCGCAAUGCUCGGCGACUCUGAGUGUGUCCGCCACCUCCCCCCAGCCGCCCUCAUCCCCCUCCUCCACCAUCCACAUGCCCUUCAUCACAUCGCCGUGGCUCAGCUGAUCGUCGAACUGCACCACACCGCCCACCCCCGCCCGCUCGAUGGCCUUCGGCAGUCGAAGCCGGCGGACGAUCGGCCGCACGGCGUUGGUGAAGUGGCGGGCUGUCGAUUUGAAUCGGCCGAUGGUGUUCACGUCAGAGGCUGCGACGAUGAUGCUUAUGGGCUCAGCGGGAAGGUCCGAGAGGUCCGUCGGUGUGGCCUGAUGCCACACAGCAAUGCCAUGCACACGCAAUACAUGUGGCGUCUCGUUGUGCGUGUCUUGCUUGUGCCUGCCUGCAGUCACACACCUGCACGUGGCCAUCGGUAUGGUUGUUAUGUGUGGCAGAAUUGUUCGGCUCAUCACCUGACAACGACACAGACACACACAAGGGCGUGGUUGCGUGUUGGUGUCCCAUUCUCCCUUACGAAUGUGUGUGUCGGCUCACCCUCCUGUGCUGUCUGUGCGAUUACGGUCUCUAUUAUGUGCGCCAGCUCUGCCAGAUGGUCGGCCGCAGCAGUGAGUUGACGAUUCACCGUGGCCACCACCUGACGAAUGAAUGAACAGAACAAGAGCAACACCAACCGAAGCAUGACACGCACAGAAGCCAUUGUGUGGUUCUGUGUGCUGCCUGGCACCCUGCACGCACCUGUGUUGGCAGCUGAGUAGAGUCCAUCUGUGAGAGCCGUGUGAUCUGUGUGUUUGCCUGCACAACAUAUAUGCCACCACAAGCAGCACCAGAGGCAAGCAACCGACCGAUGUGGAUGGACUGCAGUAACGAAUGUGUGAGUGAAGUGUCGGUUAGCUACCUGAGCCUGAUUCAUCUGAAGGCAUCCUACGAUCAAAGGCGUGAACUCAGGCUGCGGCAAAAGUUGCUCACGCAGACGCAUCGCAAUCAUCUGCACCACACCGACCGCAGGACAACACAGACAGCGCAGCACAUGAUUCCCGUCACACUUUGUGUCAGAAUAGGGGGGAGAGAGUCGGGGAGAAUGGUGAAGAGAGGAUCUGCCGGGCGGUCAGUCCCGGAUAAAGGAUUAAGUCAAUGCAACGUAAGGUCUGUGGAUUUUGUGGAGAGUCCACGUAGGACAUGUAGUAUGCGUCAGUCCAUCCUGUCUGACGUCCUGUCCGCCAUGGCCUGUCUCAUGGAACGGACAGACUCAACAGCCGUCCUGUCUCACAGAUCAGUGGAUCGUCGGUCUAUGAACCCUAGACCCUAAACCCUGGACCGACUUGCACUUCUGACACCCCCUCUCAAGUCGGUGCAGAGUUAGGACAUGAAUCUCCAUAAAACUAUAACUGAAACUCCGCGCGUGAGGUCUUCGCCACCUUGAGAUCUGCACAUAGGAGCCCUUCGCAAGAAGAAAGAUCAGAAAGAAACGCGUCCAAGGCCAUCAGAGGGGCGCAAGGACAAGAGAAGCAUAGUGAAGCCGCAGAUCCAGAUAGCGGACAUCACCAUCGGAGAGAAGCGAAGGAGUGCUCCAGUGCAACCUCAAGCAAGUGGCUAAAACCACACAAGCGAGAUAAACACUUCAUG